AUGUUCCAGAACCACAACCAGAACCAGAACCACAUCCAGAAUCACACCCAGAACUGGAACCACAAGCACAACCAGAAUGUGAACCACCACCAGAAUCACAUCCAGAAACAGAUCCAGUUGGACUUGGUUAUGUACGUCCCUGCUAAAGGUGAGACGGUCAUCGGCAUCGUCACUGUAAAGUCAGGAGAUGUCUUCAAGGUGGACUUCGGGGGAAGUGAACAGGCAUCUCUGUCCUACCUGGCGUUUGAAGGAGCCACUAAGAGGAACAGACCCAACGUCCAGGUGGGGGACCUUGUCUUCGCUCAGUUCAUUGUAGCCAAUAAGGACAUGGAGCCGGAGCUGGCGUGUAUCGGCAGCUCGGGACGAGCCAAUGGGAUGGGAGUGUUUGGAGGGGGCGGGCUGUUGUUCAGAGUCUCUCUGGGACUCAUCAGAAGGCUGCUGUCCCCCCACAGCGAAGUGCGGUCCGACCUGGAGCAGCUCUUCCCCUGUGAGCUCGUGGUCGGAAUGAAUGGUCGUCUUUGGGUCAGAUCCUCCAGCGUCCAUCAGACCCUUGUCAUCGCAAACCUGCUGCAGAGCUGCGAGACCAUGACGCCGCUGCAGAGACGGGAGCUGUUCAUGAGGGUCAAACAGGGGGCGCUGUAGACCACGUCACACCAGGUCUGAUCCUCCUGUGGAGGUUGUGAUGUCAUUGUUUAUUCCAGGACCCUGUGAUAUCUCCACUGCGGUUUAAAGGAACAGUCCAUGUAUUUUUAUAAUUUUGUGAAAUGAAUAAAGUGAAUCAAUCUGCA